AUGUUGAACCAAUACUAUAAAAUCAAAAAGAAAAGCGAGUCUGUCCAUGAGGAUUCUCGUCGUAAAAAUCGGGAGCUCCUGGAGCGCCACAAUGCUGAUUUGCGCCUGUUCGAUUCCGAGUCCACUCGUUUGGGCAUCAAUACUGAUGCUCUUCUCGGCGCCAACACUGUCAGCGAGCUGAUUCCCCCUGGAGCUUCUCAUCUUAAUAACUUGGCACGUCACUUUUCUGCCAUGCAGUCAGUUGUAAUUGAUACUUCAAGCACUAGUUCAAGUUGUGGUUCAACAGGAAGAGCCGCUCCGACAGCAUCUGGUGAGACUAAUUCUUCUGGCCGCCUUGUGUUUGCCAACCGGAACAGCAUGAUUGUGCUUAACGCUGGUAAUACUGCCCAUAUGUCAGGCCAUCACGUCUCUAUGUCAGAAUCCGAUUCUCCUGGACAAAACCAGAGAUAA